CGUGACGUCAGCAGUAGGGAGGUAAAGCUAAGGCGGUCGAACACAGCAGCACAGUAUUACAGUAUUCACCUCUAAAAUAGCGUCGUUAAGAUACGUUAAACACGAGGUUUAUCUACCUGAAACAGGAACAUUGUUUUGCGAUGGUGCGGGCUGUGUGGGCGGUGCUCCGCGUGCUAUCCUGCGACGGAGCCGCUGUGCUGAAAUCAAACAUACCUGUCGCUGCUAGAGCUGCUGCACUACGACACCGACCUACCUGCACACCUUUCACCUUCUGCUACAGAGCUAUAUCAAGUGAGGUGAGACACCUACAGUCUGCAGUCAGGAUGCCCGAGAUAACCACAGAUCACCUGGACGAGAAGCAGGUGCAGCUGCUCGCCGAGAUGUGCAUCCUGAUCGACGAGAACGACCGCAAGAUUGGAGCGGACACCAAGAAAAACUGCCACCUCAACUCCAACAUUGACAAAGGUUUAUUACACAGAGCUUUCAGCGUGUUCAUUUUCAACAGUGAAGAGAAGCUGCUCUUACAACAGAGGUCUGAUGCCAAAAUCACUUUUCCAGGCUGUUUCACAAACACAUGCUGCAGCCACCCUUUACACACAGACAGUGAGCUGGAGGAGAAGGACGUAAUAGGAGUGAGGAGAGCUGCUCAGAGGAGACUCGAAGCUGAACUGGGUAUCCCCAUGGAACAGGUGACACCAGAUGAAAUGACGUACCUAACAAGGAUCCACUACAAGGCUCAGUCAGACGGUGUGUGGGGAGAACAUGAGAUUGACUACAUCCUCUUCAUGCAGAAGAACGUGGAGUUGAGUCCAGACCCCAAUGAAAUCAAAAGCCACUGCUACGUCAGCAAGGAGGAGCUGAGGGAGAUGUUAGAGAAGGGCAAGCGCAAAGAACUGGAGAUCACACCCUGGUUCAGCCUCAUCGCAGAGACCUUCCUCUUCCAGUGGUGGGACAACCUGCAGAACCUCAAACAGUUCAUGGAUCACGACAAUAUCCACCGCAUGUAACCAAACAAGCAUCGGGCUCCACCUUCAGUCAUUUCUAACCUGUGGUUGUAGUAGUACUUGCUUGACAUACAAGCACAGCCAGCUGAGCUGCUAGAAACCCUCCGACGCUCCGAAAAAUAAUUAUCACUGGUUACUUUUGCCAAGGUAGCAGUAAGUGUAGGACUUCUACACCAAAAGAGGAAGUGGCGAAUGUUAAAGCCUUGCUAAUCAGCAAGAGUUGAUGUAGUUCAUAGUUGGUUUGUAGCUCUGAGGUGCAUUCAUCUACACAAGAGUUGAUGCAAGUAGGGCUGGUAGGCUGACUCUUAGUCUUCAGUAUUUAGAACACACAUACCGGUAUAUAUCAGAUAAUCUAUUCUGAUGAGCUGUACACUGGAUUUACUGAGUGAACAGAAGUAAAUACAUUUAAAAGCUUAUUUUAUUAGGAAGAAAAUGUAAUCUUAUUGACAACUUGAUGAAGAGAAUAGCCUAUUUUUAUAUUAAAAAAACAACUUAAAAGUGCCUGAGUACAGGUGAUUAGGUUGAGAUGAAUAGUCUCCAGGUACUGAUGUGAUGUCACUACUGUCACUUCUGUAUAUUGUCGACAACGAUAUCAAUGAACAAACUGUGUCUUUGCACUCUUUUACACAAUAAAGUGUUUGACUGUG